UUUUGUUAUACCCCGUACCUACCAUCUUCGAACGACAACAAAGGAAAUAGAAGGAAAACAAAAAACAAACAAAACUUCCCCUUGUGAUGGCUUCGGCAAGCACGACCAAGCGGCUCCUCCGCGAGCUGGCCGAGUACCGGGCAAACCCCAACCAGGCGCUGCUGCACCUCGGUCCCGUCACCGACGACGACCUCCUGCGCUGGGAGGCAGUCCUCAAGGGCGUCCCCGGCACUCCCUACGAAAACGGCCUCUGGUCCCUCUCCAUCGCCAUCCCACCCACCUACCCUCUCUCCCCGCCCAAGAUCUCCUUCACAACGCGCAUCUGCCACCCCAACAUCUCGUUCUCCACCGGCGAAAUCUGCCUGUCCCUGCUCACCUCCGAGCACUGGGCGCCCACGUACACCCUCAGCUCCACCCUCGCCGCCAUCCACCAGCUGCUCAGCGAUCCGCGCCCGGAGAGCCCGCUGAACGUGGACGUUGCCGCCCUGCUGAGGGAGGGCGAUCUGCUGGGCUGGGAGAGCCUGGUCAGGUAUUGGACGGGCCAGGAAAGGUGGGAAGGGCAUGAGAAGGGGAGGAGUGGGGUGAGGGUGAGGUGAUGUCGUGGAGCACAGGUGUGGUUAUAUUGUCGAUAUUGGCGAGAUCUGUCUUUUUACAGUUGAAUAGACGUGUGUGAGAGUUGCGUGUGAUGGGGGGUUAUUGUGCGCUGGCGUUUUGGGAACAUGUUGGGAUUGCUCUUCGGAUGUAACAUCUGAUAUAUACCACCUUUGUUGUACGGAGUAAUAAUGAUAUAAAUUAGAAUCUGUG